AUGCAGGCCAUAGUGCAAGCCGGGCAGGUCAAACCCGAGAUUCGACUCCAACAAGAGUUGCGACGGGAACAUCGACACUGGCGUUCCAAAGGCCAGCGGCUCACCUCUAUCCUCACCGCCGUUCACCGCAUCGCGCCCAUCGGUGGUAUUGUCAUUGGCGGCGCUCAGAGUCUUGCUGCCAGUGGUGUAUGGGCCGCAUUCCGCAUCUGUCUACAAAUAUCCACUGGCUAUCUCGACUAUUUUGACAAACUGUCCACACUCCUCCUGGAGAUCGGCCGCUCAGCUCCCAUUCACGAUGGACUGGCCCUCCUUUAUCAGGACGACAGCGUGCUCCAGAGUCUUCUCUGCAAGUAUCUAGUGUAUCUAGUCCAGCUCUGCCGACGGGCUAUCCUGUUCACGAAAAAGCGCCCCUUGUCGCAACUCAAGGCGUCUGUGCUCAACAGCUUCGACGUCGAGUUUGGCGAUCUGCGAGAGCGACUUAGGAUUCUGGGCGCCAUCAUCAAGGACCAUGUUGACGUCAAGUUCAAGACAAGCCAACUUCAGGAGGCAAGCCGUUCCGCCAAGUCUCACUCUUUACUGAGAGUUCUCUCUCGGGAUGCCCGACGGACGCAGUGCGAGGAGCGAAUUUUCCGUCUUUUCCAAGCUUUGUGUCGGAACCGCAGCAUGUUCGAGAGGAUCCGGAGUUGGGAGCGGAGCAAAGGUACAGCGACCUGGCUUUUCUCCAAACCCGAAUACAAGACCUGGAAAGACCAAAAGUCUUCGUCAUGCCUUCUGAUCAAAGGCAAGAUUGGCUGUGGAAAAACGGUGCUAAUGGCCAACAUCGUGGACGACCUCAUCAGGCAGCCCGAAGGCUCAUCAUCGCCGCCGAUUGGUUUCUUCUUCUGCAAGCCUGAGAUGCCCGAGUCGCUCGAGGCUCGCAGAAUUAUCGGUACCAUCACUAGGCAAAUCAUUGGUCACCCACUAUUGAGCCAUCAGCUACACAGUUACGCAGAUUCACUCACCAUGACUUCUGUCGACUCCAUGACCACGGCAAAUAUGGCUGAGAUGAUCCUCUCCAUAGUCCCUUUCAAAUUCGCGCCCAUCUUUAUACUGAUAGAUGGCUUGGAUGAAUGUUCGGACAAGGAAGUCGACGAAAUCAGAGCAUUCCUUCAACGACUAUUGGUCGAGCGAGCGUGCCUUCUCUGCACCUCUAGCCGAGGAGACAAGUUCUCCAAGUCCCUUUGCCGGGCCCUCAGGACGGAUAGUGUUCAAUAUCACUGGCUACCUUUUGAUAAUGAAAACGAGAUCCGCAACUACAUUGUCACGGAAAUGGAGAGGCGAUCCCAACGCUGGCCAGACCGGAGUAUAAUUCCUGAACUUUACGACGCCAUCCAGACCGCUCUGACCAGCCACGCCGACGGAAUGUAUCUUUGGGUUGCUCUAGUUUUAGACGAGAUCUUCCCCCAAGAUGAAGAAAUGCCUAGGCCAUCAGAUCAAGAGAUCUACGCAGCUCUACUCAACCUCCCAAAGUCGCUAGAAGAAGCAUACGACAGAUCUCUGAACCGAAUCUGGAAUCCACAACACAGCAACCUCUUGUUUCGAAUCGUUGCUGGCGCUUUUCGACCGCUGUCGCUCAGGGAACUCCAGGAAGCAAUGAGCGUAAAUCCGGGAAAGACAGACUGGGAUUCUGGGAGGAUGCCUCGAGACAUCGCUAAGCUCGUGCAGAGCGCCAGCGGCAACCUCUUGACGGUCAACGAACAGACUCUUACUGUGCACUACGUCCAUCACACUCUGUUGAGCCACCUGCAGGAAACAAAGUCCGUUCUUUCGAAGUUCCACUUCACCGCUGAGGACGCUUCGCGGACCAUGAUGGAGAUCUGCAUCACAUAUCUCAACUACGAUACCUUCCAGGCCGUGGUCAGCCGGUGCGCACCUGAGCUUACCGCGAACCCGACCAAAAUCACUGAGCAAGUCCUCAAAACCGCAAUUUCCAAUGUAUCUUUGCCAGCCCCAGUCAGUCGCCUGCUAUCAAGGAAACGAAUGCCUAGUACCACUCGGGAGAUAUCUAUAGACAUUGGGAAAAUUAUGGAAGAGGCUCGGAUUUCGGCAAUGCGACAAGAACAGUACACCCUACACACGUUCUUGGCUUACGCCCAGGAAAGCUGGCUCCAGCACUCCAAAUCUAUCAGGGAGGAUUCUAGCCCGGUAUAUCACCUAUGGCUCAACAUUGUUCGCGGUCAAGUCGGCUUACUUGAGCUGCCAUGGAGCGAUUUGAAGAAAGAGGGCCUCGAAUGGGCGUAUUUGAACUCCCACAGCGCUAUCUUGACUCUUUUCUUUUCAUACUCGGAUCCGUUGAACCUGUGGCUGUGGGACAUGUAUGGGUGGUUCCUUGGACGUGACAACAUAGCCAGACUUGGCCGGCUUUGCGAUUCUCCAGAGGCACGCCUACCUAAUGUCAAGGACAUUGUCGCUCGUGUUCUGUCCCUGAACUCCCUGAAUGCCAGCCGGGGACAAGAAUACUGUGACAUCAAAGACGAAAGCAAAUGCGUCCCCAUCGAGAACCAGGAUUCGCACUCCUAUCGGGUGCCAUCAGACCGUGACGUACACCUUGACGCGAUUAGGAGCAUCAUCAAGAUUGCUACUGACAUUGAUGAGCCGCUGAGGGAUCGUGGCAGCCCACACACCGGGAUGACACCGCUAGCGGUGGUCUGCAGCCAGUCUCAAUUCGGGCCACUCGGCGUCGGGCUCGGCGAAGCUUGGGCAGGGGAUCUCGUCAAUCUGUUAUUAGAAAAGGGAGCGGAUCCUUCCUUGGCCUCGAUAAGAUCGAACGAGACACCCUUGCUGAUUGCGACACGUAUGGGCUGGCAUGAAGGAAUACGCCUGCUCCUGGAAUACGGAGCUGAUCCCAACAAGGGCUCGCCGACCCUGACCCCGCUUGAACAAACGAUCGAUAAUCUACAGUACAUAACUUUCGACGACAGGGCCCCAAAUCCAAUCAUGGCGCAGUUUCUUCGUGCCGGCGCUAACCCCUUCCUACCUGCCCAUAGGAGUCUUAUGAGGCGUCUUCUUUGCAUCAAGUCACGGUCGGUACCAGAUAGGAAAAAUUUGGAUGUUGCACACCUCAUUCUCCUGCGAUGCCGGCAUUUGACAGAGUUCAGCUCCGCCGGCGACUACGAGGAAGCCUUGACCGAGGCGAGGGAGCUCUUGUUCACGAUCCGGCAUCACCACUGGCAGUACGAGCACAAGGUUGCUACUAUCGUCGUUUUGCUUAAGAGGAAAAUUAAGAGCAAAGACCACAAGACUGUUGAGCCAGGGAACAUCGAAUUAUAG